CUUUAUUUUGUGCCUACUAUUGUAUUAAUACAAUUAUCUACAUUAUAUGCAUGCCUCAAAUAAAUGAACUUUAUCAUGAUCAUUAUCAAAGGGGAAGCCGAGGCCAGAGUCAACAUGAAGGUUCUAACAGCAGGUUUAUGCAUAGAAACAUGUCUCGUAUAGUACUCCAUAAGCUUAGCUAACUGAGCAUGGUGCACAAUACCUUUAUGGUUUUUGCACAUCUCCAGCUUUCCUAUAGCCACAAGGCAUCAUGAUGAGAGAAGAUAACAGUGUGGAUGAGGGAGAGGUGGUGGUAGUUGUGCCAGACAGAACUGUACACAUUGAUGAGCUUUAUCCUGGUGUUAAUCAUGGUGGAGGAGCAGAGUCGUUGACUCACAAGUUUGAGAUAAUAGCAGCAUGUGUUAUGGGACUAAGUACUCUCUCUGGAGGUGUACUGGAAGGGUACACUUCUCCAGCUAUACCCACCCUCCUUCAAGAACCAUCUUACUACAACCUAACUGAUGUUUCUGUGAGCUCAGACAUCAGCACCAUUAACACCACUGUCAGUCCCAAUUUCAGUAACGACACAAAAUUCCUUACUAAUAAUGAAAGCCACCUUUUAAAUCAGAAUGAUUCGGUUGAUGGUUUAUCUGUUCUAAUGAGUGGAGAAACAGAGAUGGAGCUACUUAUAGAUUUGUACCUCACCGAAGAGGAAGCAUCCUGGCUGGGAUCACUACUGUUACUUGGGGCUUGUAUUGGGGCUCUCGUUUCUUCGUGGGUAAUCAGCCAGGGCAGGAGACGUGCUGUUUUAGCCUCUGCUUUUCCACGCCUGGUUGGUUGGAUAAUGAUUGGUGCUGCUUCUGAUGUGUAUAUGAUGUAUGGUGGCAGGUUUCUGACUGGGGUGUCAUUGGGCAUUGUAACAUCAGCGGCACCAGUUUACAUUAGUGAAAUUGCUCACUCGUCUGUCCGUGGUGCUCUCAGUUGUGUAGUCCAACUGGGGGUCAACAUAGGCAUCUUUACUGUAGCUCUGCUUGGAACAUUUAUGGAAUGGCGUGGCUUAGCAAUAUUUGGUGCCAUUACUGUUGUCAUUUAUUUUGUGGCUACACUCUUCAUUCCAAAUUCACCUGUGUGGCUGAUAUCUUGUGGUCGAGAGGAGGAUGCCAGAAAAACACUGCUGGAGCUUCGUGGAAAUCAGUAUUGUGUAGAGUAUGACUUACAGCAAAUCAUAUCAUCUAAAGCUAACCAAUAUAAUGCAUUUUCCUGGCAUGAUAUUAUCACACAAAGAUCAUGUGUGUUUCCUCUUGGAGUUGUGGCUUUGAUAACAGUUGUAAAUCGGUGCUCGGGCUACAAUGCUAUCAUCACAUACUGUGCCACCUUCCUUAAUCAAGCUGUGCCAGCUGUCAGUGAAUAUUGGGCGGCUGCUGGUGUUACGCUGAUGCAGGUUUUUUCAACUAUUGGUGCUGCCGUUUUUGUUGAUCAUUUGGGCCGCCGAAAGUUGCUAAUGGCAUCUAUUGCUGCCAUGGCUGUGGCACUUGCCACCAUUGCAGUCUGUGAAGUAGCAACCCAACAUGGAGCAGGAGGCAGUUGGGUUGCAAUACUUGCUGCUAUCCUCUAUGUCAGUGCAUACUCGUUUGGCGUUGGUCCCAUCACCUGGGUACUAGUGGGGGAACUGUUCCCUCAGGCUGCAAGGGAAAAGGCUGCUGCUCUCAUCUCUGUACUAAACUGGUUUUUAGCUUUUAUUAUUACUAAAACUUACUUCAGGCUGGAAUCCUUGACUGGUAUUGCUGGUACCUGUGGUGUCUACAGCAGUGUGUGUGUCAUUGGACUGAUAUUAGUGUAUUUUCUCGUUCCUGAAACCAAAGGGCGUACCCUGGGUGAAAUAGAGGCAUACUUCACUUACACUCAACGUUCGUGGAAGGUUGUUAAAAAUAAGCGUGAUGUGACUCUGUCCAGCAUCUUGGAACAGGAGGGAGGACCAUCAGACACGUACAGUACAUUUCAGUCAAUAGAAUAAUUUUUUCAUCAAUUAGAUUUGCAGUGUAUAAAUUUGUUAAACUGGAAACUGAAGCAUAUGCUGCUAAUGCUUGUGCAGUAUAUUUUUCUUAAAUAUUGUUUUGCUUUUUAAACUUAAAUAUUUGUGAUAUGUAGCACUUGAGACACUUAUUAUUGUUAGCAGAGACUUGAUAAUCUUGUGUCAAAAAGAGAUCAAGUUCCAAGA